GCUUGUCCCCCAGCGCCCGCCGAGAAGGAGGUCAUCAGAGGCCAGUACGGGAAGCUCACCGACGCCUACGGCUGCCUGGGAGAGCUCAGGUUAAAAUCUGGUGACGCGUCCCUGAGCUUCCUGGUUUUGGUGACGGGCUGCACGUCUGUGGGCAGAAUUCCGGAGGCUGAAAUCUACAAGAUCACCGCCACCGACUUUUACCCUCUGCAGGAAGAGGCCCGGGAGGAGGAGCGGCUCACGGCCCUCAGGAAGAUCCUCAGCUCCGGCGUCUUCUACUUCUCGUGGCCCAGCGACGGGUCGCGCUUCGACCUCACCGUCCGGGCGCAGAAGCAGGGUGAUGACAGCGACGAGUGGGGGAACUCCUUCUUUUGGAACCAGCUGCUGCACCUGCCCCUGCGGCAGCACCAGGUGAGCUGCCGCGACUGGCUGCUGAAGGUCAUCUGCGGGGUGGUGGCCAUCCGCACGGUGUACGCCUCGCACAAGCAGGCCAAGGCCUGCCUCAUCUCCCGCAUCAGCUGCGAGCGAGCCGGCGCCCGCUUCCUCACCCGCGGCGUGAACGACGACGGCCACGUGUCCAACUUCGUGGAGACGGAGCAGACGAUCUACAUGGAUGAUGGUGUGUCGUCUUUCGUCCAGAUCAGAGGCUCGGUUCCGCUGUUUUGGGAGCAGCCAGGGCUCCAGGUUGGCUCGCAUCAUCUGAGACUCAACAGAGGCCUGGAAGCCAACGCCCCUGCUUUCGACAGGCAUAUGGUCCUCCUGAAGGAGCAGUAUGGGAAGCAAGUGGUCGUAAACCUGCUGGGGAACAGAGGCGGAGAGGAGGUGCUCAACAGAGCCUUCAAGAAGUUGCUCUGGGCUUCGUGCCACGCCGGUGACACGCCUAUGAUAAACUUCGACUUCCACCAGUUCGCCAGGGGCAGGAAGCUAGAGAAACUGGAGAACCUGCUGCGGCCCCAGCUGCAGCUCCACUGGGAUGACUUUGACGUGUUCACCAAGGGCGCGAGUGUGAGUCCCCGUUUUCAGAAAGGCACUUUGCGGAUGAACUGUCUCGACUGCCUGGACCGAACCAACACGGUGCAGAGCUUCAUUGCGCUUGAGGUCCUUCACCUGCAGCUCAGGAGCCUCGGGCUGAAUUCAAAGCCCAUUGCCGACCGCUUCGUGGAGUCCUUCAAAGCCAUGUGGUCUCUGAACGGGCACAGCCUGAGCAAGAUGUUCACGGGCAGCCGCGCCCUGGAGGGGAAGGCCAAGGUGGGGAAGCUGAAGGACGGGGCCCGGUCCGUGUCCCGCACCAUCCAGUCCAACUUCUUCGACGGCGUGAAGCAGGAGGCCAUCAAGCUGCUGCUGGUCGGGGACGUCUACACGGAGGAGGCGGCCGACAAGGGAAGGAUGCUACUGGACAACACGGCCCUGCUGGUGACCCCCAGGAUCCUGAGGGCCAUGUCGGAGCGCCAGGCGGAGUUCACAAAUUACAAGCGGGUCCGUGUCGCCAUGGGGACCUGGAACGUGAACGGAGGGAAGCAGUUCCGGAGCAACCUGCUCGGGACCGCCGAGCUCGCCGAGUGGCUGCUGGACUCGCCCAGGCUUUCCGAGCCCGAGCCCCAGGAUGACAGCAGCCCAGCUGACAUAUUUGCCGUGGGGUUUGAAGAGAUGGUGGAACUGAGUGCGGGGAAUAUCGUCAAUGCCAGCACCACCAACAGAAAGAUGUGGGGCGAGCAGCUUCAGAAAGCCAUCUCACGCUCCCAUAGGUACAUUCUCUUGACCUCGGCACAGCUGGUGGGCGUCUGUCUCUAUAUCUUUGUCCGUCCCUACCACGUCCCGUUCAUCAGGGAGGUGGCCAUCGACACGGUGAAGACGGGCAUGGGCGGGAAGGCGGGCAACAAGGGCGCCGUGGGCAUCCGCUUCCAGUUCCACAGCACCAGCUUCUGCUUCGUGUGCAGCCACCUGACGGCCGGGCAGUCGCAGGUGAAGGAGCGGAACGAGGACUACAGGGAGAUCACCCAGAAGCUCAGCUUCCCCAUGGGAAGAAACAUCUUUUCUCAUGACUACGUGUUUUGGUGCGGCGACUUCAACUACCGCAUCGAUCUCACGUACGAAGAAGUCUUCUAUUUUGUUAAGCGCCAAGACUGGAAGAAACUUCUGGAAUUUGAUCAGCUACAGCUGCAGAAAUCCAGUGGAAAAAUUUUUAAAGACUUUCAUGAAGGCAGCAUUAAUUUUGGACCCACCUACAAGUACGACGUUGGCUCCGCCGCCUACGACACGAGCGACAAAUGCCGCACCCCGGCCUGGACAGACCGGGUCCUGUGGUGGAGGAAGAGGCAUCCCUUCGACAGGACAGCUGGAGAACUCAACCUCCUAGACAGCGACCUCGAUGCGGACACCAAAGUCAGACACACCUGGUCUCCCGGAUCCCUCAAGUAUUACGGCCGAGCGGAGCUGCAGGCGUCGGACCACAGACCCGUGCUGGCCAUCGUGGAGGUGGAAGUUCAAGAAGUUGACGUGGGUGCCCGGGAGAGGGUGUUCCAGGAAGUGUCCUCUUUCCAGGGCCCCCUGGACGCCACCGUCGUCGUCAACCUCCAGUCGCCCACCUCCGAGGAGAAAGACGAGUUUCCGGAGGAUGUGCGCACCGAGCUCAUGCAGACCCUGGAGAAUUACGGGACGAUUGUUCUUGUCAGGAUCAACCAGGGGCAGAUGCUGGUGACGUUUGCAGACAGCCACUCGGCUCUCAGCGUCCUCGAUGUGGACGGCAUGAAGGUGAGGCCGCUUGGUCCUGUGCGUCCUCGGGGUCAUGCGUCUCCUCUCCUCGCCGUGCCUUUAGGUGGGGACGGACACAGGGGCUGCGGUGCCGUUUGCCCGGCGAUGGGGUGGGCAGCGUUCGUGUGCAGGAUGAUGUGUGAAACGGCAACUAGGACUGGAGACGUCGAAACCUACUUGAAAGCAGUGGUUUUGAGGAUGUCGGGGCUUCGCUUUGGUCCCUGUCCCAGGCAUGAAUGGAAUUCGGGGCCCGUCCCUGGGGUCACGUGGGCUCCCGUGGUCUACCAGCAGGUGGGCCGAGGGGUCCUGACACCACGGGGUCGAGACAGGCCCCCCCUGAAAGUGAUGGCCUUCCACCCUAAUCGUCUGUGGCUCCCUUGUUCCCAAGGGGAUAUUCUCGAAGAGGACGAAGACUAUUUGGAUGAACUGAGUCAGCCUGUGGUCUCAGACAGUGAGCUGGGCGGGGACGACCUUGCCGAUGCCCCCAGCUCCAUGGCGGCACCGCCCAGCAAGUCACCUGCGCUCCCCAAAAAGAAGCAACAUCCGACCUACAGAGAUGACGCCGCCCUGGUGGAGUUAAAGCAGGAGCUGGAAGCCGUGGGGGACCGCCUCCGCUCGCCAAGUAGGUCUCUGUCGGUUCCCAACAGGCCGCGGCCGCCUCACCCGCCGCAGAGGCCGCCCCCUCCAACAGGUCUAAUGGUGAAGAAGUCGGCCUCGGACGUGUCCAUCUCCGGCACCCACGGGCAGUACUCGAUCUUGCCGACGGCAAAGCUGCUGCCGGGCGCGCCUCAGCAGGCGCCCAAGGCCAGGACGGGGAUCAGCAAGCCUUACAACGUCAAGCAGAUCAAAACCACCAACGCCCGGGAGGCGGAGGCCGCCAUCCGGUGUCUCCUGGAGGCCAGAGGCGGCCCCCCAGGGGAGGUCCUAAACGCCACGGCCCCGAGGGACCAGGAGUCCUCCAAGCCAGAGCCCGCGAUGGGGGCAGCCCCGCUCCUGCCCCGCCGGCCCGCGCCCAGGGUCCCUGCCAUGAAGAAGCCGACCUUCAGGAGGACCGGGAAGCCCACAUCGCCGGAAGAACAAUUCGGGCAACAGACUGUCCAUUUCACAAUCGGGUCCCCGGAGACGAGCCUCGAAACCCCUCCUCUUGUGACAGUCCCUCCUGUUCCCAAACCAAGAACCCUUCUGCCCGGGAGAGGCGCCGAGAGGAAGCCCGAGCCAGACGACGCCCCUGCUGGGGCCACGCCGCCCCUCGUGGGGGUCCCGCCUCUAGUGCCCCCGAGGAGGAAAAAGUCGGCCCCCGCCGCCUUCCACCUGCAGGUGCUGCAGACCCACAGCCAGCUCCUCCAGGACCUGGCCCGCAGCGGCCUCCGCAGCGACGGCCCCCCUGCCCACCAGCCCGAUGGGGGCGCCCAGACUGAUGGCCACAAGGAGCCCAGACUAGAGGCGGCCUCCCUCCUGGGUGAUGGCCAGGACCCCUUCUGGAGCCUUCUCCAGCACCCUAACCUGGUGAACAGCGCCUGGCUGUCCAAGAGCUCUGAGCCCCUGGACGCGGGGACCAGGAACCUCAGGAGGGCACACACAGCCCCACUGCAGGUCAGUGGCUCGGCCGCGGAGGAGCCGCCCCCGGAGCACAGGCACCAAGACCUGGGUCACUGGGCCGCCAUCAGCGACACGGACAAGAGGACGGUGCUGCAGGUGUUCGACCCACUGGCGGAAACCUGAGUGGGAGCCGUGGACAGCGCGCUCUCGCAGAACGCCUGCCUUCCUCCUCAGGUAUCGCUUUAUAGAGAAAAGCCCGUUGGCCUCAACCCCCCGUCAGAAGAGACAUCUAUGUAAAGGCACUGAAGCAACAUUCGUACUUCUGCCCCCUCUUGUGUAGUUUACAAAAAUCGUGUCUCUUAUUCAAUAAGGUUAUUGCUCAGCCACCGAGGUAUGUUUUAUUCCGGACGUGUGCAUUUCGAGUUUCCUCUCAGGGGCCUGGGAAGGAGACCUUCCUGCGAGAGUCCGCGUGUGGGUUUUAGAAAAGGGAAUUAGUGGAUAACGCCUAAGUUCCCUCCCGUCGAAUUUUAAAUGGUUGUUCCAUUUACGUGUGUCUGUGGUGUUUUUUAAUUUCGUUUGUAUUUUACAGAUUCAGAGUAAUUUUUUGGUGCAUCACCCGGGGGGUGGGUGCAUAAAGUAAGGAUCACACUGAAAGGUAGUUGGGACCAUGAAGAGCCGUACCUGCCCGCAUCGCACCAGGUUAGAAAAGUCAGAGACAGAAGCAGCAAAGAGGGCAACCCAACGACUGGGCUGCCCAUUCCCUGGUGUUUGUUUAUGUGCGUGUCUGUAUUAACCUUGACCGUGUGGGAGACGGUGUCUGUACUCUUGGGGCCCUGAAGCAUAUGCCAUCAGCUUCACCCGAGCUUAACCCGGCUAAAGACUCCUGUGUCCUGUCUCCGACAUGCACGCCCCAUAGACUGCUCCAGCCCUGAGCCCUGGUGAGCUGCGUAAGCCAGUGUUUACACGCUAUCGAGCCCCUUUUAAAGGAAACCUUGUGAAUUCGUCUCUUCCCUUCUAGUCUGUACCUGGUAAACGCACACAUGUGAGAACGCUGUGAUGACUGUCUGCUUUAGCCUGGUCUGUGGCUGCAGCGUCAGGAAGGAACGCACACCUGCCCCUUUUGCAUAAGAAACCCAGGCAGCAUCUCCGGACUGGCUUCUCUAGAUGUCUGUUAGGUCUACUUUUUACCUGCGUUUUCCCUAUACGUCUCCAACACCACUGCUGGCCUAUGAAAUCAUUUCAAAAGAAAUCGCCAUACCGCUCCACAUUGAAAAAACAAUGUUGGAAGGCCUAGAGUUUCAUUUGGAGCAGAUACGAUGUUUUUGCUAAUUCACUGGCAGAAAUCUUAGUGUGUCACAUGCCAUACGGAGGAGCCUUUCAUGUCAUAGGGUCACACAGCAAUGAGUCUGGGCUACCCCUGAGGUGACCGGGGAAUGCCUACACUCAAUGCUAACGGUUGGGGUGGCAGGGAUGGUCUUGCCCAGGGAAUACCACUCUCUCUUUACUGAUCAGACCUCUGGGUGUUCAGAAUUAUUUCUCAUUACCACUAUCAAGGUACACUGCAGAUCAUUUACAUCUGGCACUCAAGACAAAAAACUACCACAUCAUUUCACUUCAUCUGAAAACUGAGCAAAGAAAAAGGCAUUACUGACCCAUCGAGAUAAACAGAAUACACGAGUUGACAUGUCAAAAAAAGAUGGUGUUUCUGGCCCAAGGUGUUAGGACACCUUCUGUAGUAAGUGCUUCAUAUUAUUUUUACCUCUCUAACAAGGGCAAAUAAAUAACAUAAUCCUUGAACAUGUUAGCGGAAGCAAGCAAGCAGGAUGGGCAGCAGGCUUGGAGAGGUUCAAUGAUUUGCAGCAUUCAGUUGCUACUAGAGAACAAUUAGAAAUAGAAGCAAAGAUUUCUUGAUGCAAUCACUCUUUUUUUCUAUAACCUUUUUUUCCCACCAAAAGGAGGUGAAUUUGAAAGCAGAUAUAUGUAACCAUCAAUUAGAAAAGCAGGGGAAAGUCAGUACCACAACAGUUGCUUGCAAUGCUGGGAACAGGCCUAAUUCUCAAGUUACUUCUUUGUUCUAGAAAACCAGUAGCCAGUGAGUGGUACAGGAACUGAAUCUCAGUGGAGACAGGUGCUCGUCACACAAGUAGCACUUAGGAAUCCAACAGGAAGUAGUAACACACAGAACUGUGUGGGCCUCGGGACACAGGCCACAAGAAAAAGGACGAGUAGUUUAACAUGAAGAAUUGAACAAAUGUUAUUUGAUCACAGGUGUUCACGUUCAGUGAACAGCACAUAGAGUGGGUUUUGAGUUGAUGCAUGAGGCUCUCACACCAACUUCCUCUUAAGAAGACAAUUAGCAUUGCCUUAUUUAUUUUUUAAAUUGAGGCUUCAUAGCUGUAGGUUUCCUAGGUUAGGGGCAGGCAGUUGAAUAACCUCCAGUGAGCAGCUGCAUCCGGGGAUGUCAUUCUGUGGCGUUUGUAUUUUGGGGUUUGUUUUGAUGCUCCCACGCAGGGCUUUUUACUGUGACCUUGUCGUUUAUUUCAUUACUUUUCUGUAAGACGUUGCAGUUCACUGUGGUCCCGUGUUUUAGGCAAGGCACUUUACAACUCAACACACUCUCUGUGACUCCAAUCGCUGUCUUCCCUUGUACAAUGUCAUCUCCGACUUCUUGGCUAUUUUUAAAAUUUAUUCCAGUAAAUUACUGGAAUUAGGACAUCUGUCUAAGCAAUUCCUGUAAAAGUGUUAAAGUUGUUGAAGUUCAAGACACUUAAUAGAAUUCUCCUGAUGUGUAUAAGCAAAGUAAUGUAUUAAAACAUUCUCUUUAUAACAAAGUGAUUUAUUUCAUCAGAAAGGAAAGCCACAAAAAUUAUUUAUUGACUGACUGGCAAUUAAUAAAAACCCUGUAAUGUUUAUUUGAAGUGCUCAUUUGUACUGAAAUU